AAUAAACCAGUGGUAGAACCUGCCUAAGUUAAUUUACAAAGUUGUCAUACUACUCUAUAGGCAAUGCUCCCUAGGCAAAGGCCAUACACCUUCGAAGAGCACCAGAAGAUGAGAUACCUGGGGAAAAUUAGGAGGUUAGGAGAGUUCCAUGCUCAAGUAAAGUUUGGGGAACGACCUCACCCACUACAUCCUACACCUACCAGGCCUUAUCAACCUCUACCACCGGGGGUUCAUAUUGAUGAGAAGUUGGCCUUCUACGAGACAGGAUUUUACAGCGUGGCCAUCAAGUACCUGCCCCGCAGUGAUGCUGUAGGAGUGACCAACCUUCAAGUCAACGCAGACAAGGCCAGAUAUCUGGAAUCAUUGAAGCCAGAACACCAACGGCAACCAAUAGUUGUGGUAAAAGAGGAGCAAAUUUACCCUCACAUUCCACUUCCACUAGGGCCAUUGGUGCAUCCAACACCAACACUGGCACCGAGACUGAUACCACCACCACUAAGCAGCCUAUGCCCAGCACGAUAUCGUGAACAGCAUCCACCACAGGUACGCCCAGUAAGGACCAUCAUUGUCUCCAACAUUUUUGCAGCGAGGGCAGGGGUACCAGACAAAGACAAGAAGAACGUCAAGGUGGCAAUUGAAGACCGUGCUGAAGGCCAAGUAGUAACGGUGAAGAGAGAAGAAGAGGAAGAAUUCGUUCUUCAGGUGUUGGAAUCCGAAUUCUAAAAAGAAGGUGAAGCAAAAGGAAAUCCCCAAGAAGUUGAAUUUAGUUUCAAGUUAUUAAAAAGGUGUGCGAUUUCGCAAAAAUACAUUCUUUUGUUUCUUCUUAAA